UGCGCUUAGUUGGAAGUUGGGACCGCGGGCGAUCAGUCGCUGAGAUCGGGGAGUCAAUUCCGCUGGAGUUGGUGGUGUGCGCCAGGUGUCCGAUCAUCCAUAAGACACAGAGGAGCAGAUUUAGACCAUUCACGAUGCUGAGAGUCUUGAUCCUACUGUCUCUGGGGCUGCUGUGUGCCGCGAAUGUAAGUUCACCAGAGGUCACUGUGUACACCUACAAACCAAUCAAGGAAGGUGAAAAAAACGUCCUCCUCUGCCAUGCCAAGGAAUUCAACCCACCCAACAUCCAUUUGGAGCUGCUGGAGGGCGGGAAUGUGAUGCCGAAGACAAAUCAAUCUGACAUCACCUUUGAGCAAAACUGGAAAUUCAAAUUAACCAAAUAUGCUGAGUUCUGGCCUAAGCAAGGAGUGGAGUACUCCUGCAGGGUGAAUCACCAAGACAACAUCAAGAAAGUUAAACUUGAAUCCUUCUAGGCUGUUGCACCACAGCCAUGAACACCAGCGCGAUUUCCAAAGGAAUAAACAUCAAAAUCACAUCUUUUGAUUCAAGUUGCUUUAACAUUCAGAAAAAAAAUUAAUGUUUGUAUCAUUCUGUAAUUUUAAACUAUCUGCAAAUUUUGCUGUAGAACCUUAGAAGCUCGUAAUUGCAGCUGUUGACAUCUUGUUCCUUCUCCUUAUUGGCUGAUGAGUAGUGAAAUUAUGAAGUUGUGAUUCAUUAGAAAUGAAAUUUCCCUUCCAACUGCUGCGGAGGACUGGCCUACAAGUCAGGGCUAUUAGAAACACCUAGUCAUAUUCCUCCCUCUGCCUCACCCCCAUCUCAUUCAAGUCUUCUAUAGAAUUUAAAUAACGCCUGGCCCAUCUUAUGGACUGCUCUACUCAAUCCCCACACAGCAGGAGUCACAGGAGUUCCCAUGUGUGCCAGCGUACACUCACCUUGCAGUCAGGAGCCCAGAUAUGCUUUUAAAACACCAGCCCUACUCAUGCACCAUUUCUAGCUAGUUAUUGACUUAAAUCAGUCACAAAUGCCUUUCUUAAAUGAUGAUAAUUUUCAUUAGAUACCCAGUGCUGAUAGUUUCAGUGGUUUUAAGGGGAUUAUGUUAUUAAAGGUGAUUGGCUUCCAGUGUGUAAAGUAAUGCAUGUGUAAUAAUACUGUAACUGAUGUGUUCAAUAAAUGAAGAAGUUUCGCCACCUUA